CAAGACAAGAGCGAUACCUACGAAGGACCAGCCUGCUGUGAAUAAUAAAUCAUGUCAGAAGAAACUGCUGCUGAGCAGGAACUUCUUGUUCGCUGCAGAGGCCUGCCAUGGUCAAUAACCGUCGAGGAUAUCAUGAAGUUCUUCCAUGAUGUUACUAUUCGUGGAGGUGCAUCAGGAGUUCACAUAGUGAGCUCUCCGGAUGGGAGACCGUCAGGAGAAUGCUUCGUUGACGUGACGACGGCUGAAGAUGUGGAGAAAGCAGUGGCGCACAGCAGCGAGAACAUUGGCAAACGAUACGUGGAAGUUUUCGUUGGAAAAAAGUCUGAGUUCGAAUGGGCUUUCCGUAAUGUGGCCACUUCCUCAAAGUCCGAGUCAAUUGUACGCCUUCGUGGCCUUCCGUUUGGUGUAACUAAGGAGGAGAUUGCUCACUUCUUUUCAGGGUUGGAGAUUGUUCCCAAUGGGAUAACGCAGGUUGUGGAUCAGUAUGGGCGCGUCGGCGGGGAGGCCUAUGUGGAGUUUACAACUCCUGAGGGGGCAGAGAAGGCUUUAUUAAAACACAAGGAAUCGCUCGGGCACAGGUACAUUGAAGUUUUCUCUAGCACCCAUGCAGAAAUGACUCGCUUCACAUCUCGCCAGCCUGACGAAGGGCCACCGCCGCUGAUGGGACGUGGUAGUCGUCCUGGUCCCUAUGACAGGCAGGGAAGAGGUGGCUGGGACUCCGGUGGCGGUGGUGGCGGUGGCCGUUACGGCAGUGGAUACGAGCGGCAAUAUCGCGGCCGUGGACGUGGAUACGGCGGAGGUGGCUUUGGUGGUGGUGAUGGUGGCUAUGGAGGUGGCGGUUACGGUGGUGGUGGUGGCAGUGGCGGAUAUGGACGAGGUGGAUUCAACCGCAUGGACCCGGGUCCAGCUGGUCCUAAUGCCUCCACUGUGCAUAUGCGUGGUCUCCCAUACUCCGCAACUGAGCAAUCCAUUAAAGAAUUUUUCCGGCCUGAAAUCCCCAGCUACAUUAACAUCACCUUUGACCACUCUGGCCGACCAUCUGGCAUGGCUGAUGUCAGCUUCUCCACACCAGAAGAAGCCCAGGGAGCCAUGCGCCACGAUCGCCAAUCCAUGGGUCAUCGCUAUAUUGAGCUGUUCCUGCGGAAUGGACCGAACGACGAUAGUGGCCCUGGUCCUCACGGUGGCGGCGGUGGUGGUGGUCCCUAUGGCGGCCAUGCUGGCCGUGGUGGUCCGCAUGGCCACGGUGCCCCUGGGGCUCCCGGCGGUGGUGGCGGUCACUAUGGUGCUGGUGCUGGGCCGCAGGCAGUGUCUUAUGGUGCUGGCAGUGGUGCACCACCAGGCAGCUACGGCGGCAACUCGGCCAACUUCCAGCCGUCUAAUAACUACGGACAACAGCCACCUCAGCAGCAACAGCAGGCACCACAGCAGCAGGCGGCAUCGCAACAGCAGCCUCUGUACGGACAGCCUCAGCAACAGCAGCAACCACAGCAGCAGCCAGCACAGGCUGCACAAAGCUAUUAUGACAACACAACUAGUGGGUAUGGCACGAUUGUCAAGGCAGAAUCGUAUGGUCAACCAGCAGCAGCCAAUCAGAUGGCUAACCGUGCUCCCGUGACCCACCAAUAUGGCACGGCUCAGCAGCGAGCCCCGGCGCAGCAGCAGCCGCAGACGGCUGUCUAUGGUCAGCCCGCUGCUAUGGGAGGCCAACAGCAGCAGCAGCCUGCCGCUGCUAUGGGACAGGCUGGCAUGCAAGCUGCUAAUGUACAGCAACCACAGCAGCAGCAACAGAUGUCCAACAUGCAACAGCAGCAGCCACAGCAGCAGAUGAUGCCUGCACAGGGUGCUGCUACCCAGGCAGCUCCUAGCUACUAUGGUUAGAGCUACUGUCAUGACACUGCCAGCGAUUAUUGUCAACAUCUCGUAGUACCAGCGGUGCUAAUUCGGCCAUGAAUCAGUAACCAGUAUUACACUCUUUGGUGAAAAGGCAUUGGGCGCUCUAUUAUUCGAAUUCUAGGACCUGCGGCCGCAAACAGUGUGAAAGUGCUACUGUGCCACACUGCCCUUGGUUUGUCCAGGAAAUCCUGGCAAUAGUCCAUGUCUACAUUGAAUAUAUUGCUUCUCUCUCAUUAGUGUUUUUUUAUAGUUAGUGCACAAUUGCUGGCGUGCUGCUUACUUGCUACGCCUUGCGUUUUUGUAGACUCUUAUGUUCGGGCAUCGCUGCGGCUUGCUCUAUGCAAUGGUGUACUCCGUGUUUUGCUCUAUUCCUCGAUUACUUGCUGUUACCCGCACUGUUUUUUUGUAAUGUUCGGAAAACCUGCUUGUCUAGUUCCCCUUUUUUCACGCUGUGCUCUUCUUCUACACCGCGGCACUACAUGCGUGUGCUUACUGCGUGUGCUUACUAUGUUACUAGUAUGCCCCGCCGGUAUCUGUAUUUCAUGCUUGCUGAUGAUGUAACAACAUAAUGAUAUUCCACUAG